AUGAUUGCUCUCGUGCUCACCCUCACCCUCCUCGGACCUGCCUUUGCCCAGUCCUGCGUCUACGAUGAGGCCAAGCAGCAAGAGUUGAUGCAACUCCAAAGUGAGGCGGACAAAUGUUCCUCCUCUCUCUUCGUCGAUCAGAUCGAUCAGACCUGCGCCGGAGAAUGCACAGACACGUUCUACAACAAUCUCGUGUCCGACUACCAAUGCGCCCUGUAUGACAUGUACCAGCCACCCAACCCCAGCUUUCCAGCAGUGAACUCACAAGACUUUGCUGGUUAUGCCGACUUCCAGCAAGAGCUUGUGCGCCUGUCAGAGGCCUGCUACUUCCGCAACAUCACACUCAAAGGCACACAGACCCUCACCGAGCCGCCUCUGUAA